UCUCUCUCUCUCUCUUCUCUCUCUCUCUUUCUUUCUCUCCUCCCUUCUGCUUUCUGUCUCUCAUUCUCUCCUGGAGGAAAACAACAUAUUGUUCCUCUUUCAUUCUCUCCCUUCACCUUCAUCUUUCCCUCCCUCCCUCCCUCCCUCCCUCCCUCCGUGACGAUCUCCGUGACGAUCUCCUAGGAGACGGGACAGGUAUGGAGGACACGCUCACCUGCAGCCCCACUACUUUCUCGCAGGUGUUUGGACGCCAAGGGCAGCUCAUGCAAGCCACAGUGCAGUCCUUGAACAGCCUGAAUGAUCAGAUCGCCCACUUCAUGGUGACACGGCCAAACACACUCACCCAUGAGGACCAGGCAUUCCUGCCCAGCGAGAAGGACACACUCAAGCAGUCCAUGGCUCUGAUGAGACACCUGCUGAUGGACGCCCAGGGGAAGAUCCUUAAAAUGAUGGAGGACAACAAGCAGCUGGCGGGGCGCAUCGACGGAGCCAUCCAGUCCGCCAGCCAGGAGGUGACCAACCUGCGCUCCGAACUCACCGCCACCAGCCGCCGGCUCGCCGAGCUGGGGGGGUCGGAGAACCACCACCACCACCACAACCACAACCCAGGUGUGCACCAUCGGCAGAAAGCACUGGUGUCCGACAUCUGUUUCCACACCGAGAUGAGCAGCCUCAUGGAUUUCAGUACUCCAGACUCCUCCCUGGACAAAGUGCUGUUGCGUGAGGAGGUGGCCCAGCUCCAGGAGGAGGUGUCUCUGCUGAAGCAGAUGAAGGAGAUGCUGAGCAAGGACCUGGAGGAGACGACGCACGGGGGCUCCGCAGACCUGCUAUCCGUCACCGAGCUCCGGGUACAGCUGGGCGAGAAGGAGCAGGAGCUGGACCGCGCCAAAGAGGCCUUACAAGCCAUGAAGGCGGACCGUAAGCGUUUGAAGGUGGAGAAGGCUGACCUGGUGAACCAGAUGCAGCAGCUGUACUCCACCCUGGAGAGCAGAGAGGAGCAGCUACGAGAGUUUAUCAGGAAUUACGACCAGCACAGAAAGGAGAGCGAGGACGCGGUGAAGACUCUGGCGAAGGAGAAGGAUCAGCUGGAGAGGGAGAAGUGGGACCUGCGGCGGCAGGCCAAGGAGGCCACGGAACACGCCGGAAUCCUGCGCUCGCAACUGGACCUGAGGGAGAACAGGAUCAAAGAGCUGGAGGCCGAGCUCACCAUGGCGAAGCAGUCUCUGGCCACGCUGACUAAGGAUGUGCCAAAGCGCCACUCACUGGCGAUGCCGACGGAGACGGUGGUGAACGGCAGUCAGGAAUGGGCGAUGCAGACCGAGCUGCCGCUCACCGCGGCCAUACGGCAGAGCCAACAGACACUGUACCACUCACACCCUGCAGACAGACAAGCUGCCCUCAGGGUGAGUCCUUGUCACUCCCGGCAACCUUCCGUCAUAUCUGAUGCUUCUGUUGCCGACGGCGACCGCUCAUCGACCCCAAGUGACAUGAACUCUCCGCGCCACCGGACACACUCCCUCUGCAAUGUAAGAGCUGCCAGGCCCCCCCGACCAAGUAAUCACCCCCCUCUCUCUCAGUCCAUGGAGGAUCUCGAGGACCAGAGGCGUAAGAAGAAGAAGGAGAAGAUGACGCUGGGUUCUCUGUCGCGGGUCUUCGCUCGGGGGAAGCAGCGCAAGUCAAUGGAGCCGGGGCUCUUCGAUGGUACAAACACACCCGACCACUACAUAGAGGAAGACGCAGACUGGUGAAGGAGCUCUGUGUGUGUGUGUGUGUGUGUGAGAGUAUGAAUGUGAUGUUAAUAUGAGUCUAAUAUGACUAUGUAUGUGUGUGAGUGUGUGUGCGAGCGUGAAAGAGAACUGCUGUCUCUAUGACAUGUAAAUAGUAAACUGAAGACUAAGUGUAUGUAUAUGAAAUAUAUAUUUAUAUAUGUAUGCAUAUGUACAUAUGUUUACAUGCAUAUAAAUAUAUAAGUAGGGUUAUUGCGUGUGGAUAUGUUCUAUGCUGUGCCAUUAAGCUUAUUUGGUCUUAAAAUGUUUCUUUUUGAUCACUGGACACUUGAACCACCUGUGGGCCUCUGACCUGUGCCCCCC